AAGUCCUUAACCACCAUCGCAAACACCCAAAAGCGUCGUCACGUCAAGUGUGCGCGUGUCAAAUGACAAACAACAAUUGUCAAAAUUGAGGACUACCUGUUGUCCUAGCGUGAGGUACUUUUUGUAAGUUUGGUGUGUAAAUUUGAACUUUUGGAAAAUUCGAAUCCAGGUGUGAUUAUCUUCUAAAGAUGCCGCGAGCUUUUCUGAUGAGUCAUCGGAGGUAUAAUUAUGAAGAAGAUGUACAAAAAGGACAAAGUCCAGAGCACAAUGUCAGUACUGCCGAACCGAUGACCGAUAUACAUUCAACAGAAAACAGUUCAGAAUGUCCAGAUGAAUUGUACAAUUUAACGAAAUUGGCCGAGGUGGCGGUGGCUACUGGUCAGAUACUCGAACAAAGAAGACUCAAUCCCCCUUCUGGUGCCGAAGAUGAAUCACCAUCCUAUGUAUACACACAUAAAUUAUUUGAUAAAUCUUCAAGAAUACCAAGACCACAUUUACCUAAGAAUCAAGAAGAAUCCGCCCCAACAAUAUUCGAUCUUUCUUCCAAACCUCAACAGUACGACAGUCCUGUUUCUACUGAAACUCCACCACCUUCAGUAUCAUAUUCUUCAACUUCCUCUACUUCUUCGACAGACCACCACGAACACGAGUGUGCAGAAUGCGGUAAAAAAUAUAGCACCUCGAGUAAUUUAGCGAGGCAUCGACAGACCCAUAGGAGUCCGGCCGAUAAAAAAGCACGCAGGUGUCCACAUUGUGAUAAAAUUUAUGUCAGUAUGCCCGCUUUUUCCAUGCACGUCAGAACUCAUAACCAAGGAUGUAAGUGCCAGUACUGUGGAAAAUGUUUCUCGAGACCUUGGUUACUACAAGGACAUAUUCGAACCCAUACAGGUGAGAAGCCGUUUAAAUGUACUAUUUGCAACAAGGCGUUCGCAGACAAAUCUAAUCUAAGGGCUCACAUCCAAACUCAUUCCAAUACCAAACCUCACAUUUGCGGACGAUGCGGUAAAGCCUUCGCUCUAAAAUCCUACCUUUACAAACACGAAGAAUCAUCUUGUAUGAGGGUUAAUGGAGUUCGACACAAUUCGAGAGAAGCUACACCAGAUAAAAAUGUUGCUGCUUCCCCAACGCCCGUAAUAGUUUCUCUAACGCAAAGAAUUUCCGAUUCCGUUAUCAAAGGGACUGAUAAUAUUAUACGUUCACCGAUGUUAUACAGGUCAACGGUAAUAUCUCCGAAUCCGGAACGGAUCCUAUACUCUACAAUCAAGCACCCUUCGGUUAUUUUGAAUACAACAAGGUUUGGGGCAAAUUUAGGUCUUCAAGAUCAACCAAUGGACUUUUCGGCGUCAUCCAACAAAGAUAAAUCUUUCGGAUCGAGCGGUGACAGAGCAAGUUACGCGUUAGGUCUAGCGAUUGCUGUUUAAAUUAAUUUUUCGUUCAAUUCCUUUUUGUUUUUGAGGGACCAUAGAUAUUCCAGUGAAAUAUAUAUCUACACUAGCUAUAAUCGACCAAAAAUGUUUGUAUUUUUGGAUAAUUUUAAUAUGUUUGCAAUAAAAUUGUAAUUUUGUGUGAGUCAGAUUUGUAAAUGGUGACUGUUUACCGGGUUACCGAAUACGAGACGUGAGUGGCUUAAAUUAAGACAUUUAUUUAGGUAGUUUCGACAUGACAGUGACCAAUAUAAAAAUUUCUUUAAACAAAGUUUAAAGUUCAAGGUUCUACGUUAAGGAGUUCACCAAAAAAAGCAUAUUUUGGAAAUCAAAUAAGAAGUUAUUGAAUCAAAUAUUGAUUAAGAAAAGUUUCUUUUACAUUUUAACAUCUCAAGUAUUAUUUUCACUAUCUUUUCUUGUCAAUUUUCACAUCAUAUUUUGUACAGAAUAGAGAUACAGAUAAACAAACUCUUUUAUUGCUUAUUUGGCCGUUCGAUACCAAUUCAUUUGUGAUGAAUAUAGAAACAGAUAAUCAACAAUUCAUAUAAAGUGCUACUAGUUCAUUGAAAAAAUACAUUUCACCCCUUUCGUUUCUCAGAGCAGGCAAUUUUAUUGUUGAGAUGCACGAGAGGGUGAACUAAGAGCUUAACUCUAAGUUUAAGGGGUUGAAAUUCUCCUCUCGUGGUUGCAAUCUUUCCUUAACUAUCGAACCCCCUGAAAAAUUUCUCAACAAUAUCUUUAUAUAAAUUUUUAUUUUAUCAUUCUACAAAAGAAUGACUUCUGAAAAAUUUUGUAUAUUGUGGUUCAACGAAUAUUUUUACUACGAUUUUUCUCGUUUUUAUGCAUUCAUGAUGGUUUUAGAGCUCUCCAAAGUAGACCGUAUUUAUCAAUAUUCAUAACAAUCCAGUGUGAUGGUUAGUUAUAGAGAUAUAGCUUAAAAUGUGUUUACACCCAUUUUUCCAAGAUAACGACCGCGAGACAAGGGUUGCAGUCCCACAAACUUGCUCAUAGGCACUCCCCCAACACAUCCCAAUAAUAAAAUUACGUCCUACUAAAAACGCAAGGUAAUGCCUAAAUAAUAUUUCAAUCGACUACAGAGAGAACUCAGUGGAACUAUAGUGGAAAAGAAACGUAAGUUUAGUAGUAGAUUUAUUUAUUUAGUAGUUCAAUAUUUUAUUUUAUACAUGAGCUGAAUGUAAAUCGUUUCCCACACAUUAAUUAGGCAUGUACCAAUUCUGUUACUUAGUUUCUUUACUUUUUGAAAUGCUCUUUCGAGCUGUGAAGGCGAGGCAGUGUAAAGAUACCUUUUUGACCAAUUUCUGCAACCUAAUCCACUUCGGAGCAAAAUUUAUGGUUUCGAAUCACUCAAAUAUCGUUUGCAGUUGAAUAACUAGGCACAAAAUUAUUUUAUCAGCUUUAAAAUGUGCUCAUGAGAAAACUCAUUUCGUACAGAUCUUCCUGUAACCAAAAUAUCACUCAUAGUGCCUAGUCAUAUGCCUAGAGCUUCUUAUAGCUAUAGUUUUGUUAUGUUGCCGAGUAUUGAUGUAUUUUUGGAAUUUUCUCAUUGUGGAUUGCCUCUAAUGCAGCAGAUACAUUCAUUAAAUAUCCUUUGGUUGAAGACUCCCAAGAAUAUCUUUGUCUGACUCAACUUCUGUAUAUUAGGCCAGGAACUUAUUUGUUUCUUAUCGAUCCUCAGAACUCUAAUGGCUGCUGGACGAGAUGAUAUCCUCCUCUUUACGAUAAUUCCUUUCAAAAUCAAUCAAAUUACAAAAACGAUAUAUGGGAACGAGUUAACAUGUACUCAUAAAGAGGAAAUUGAAACGAUUAAUCUAAUAGCACUAGCCCUCAUUGAACGAAAGAAUUUAGAAAAACCGGUAACCUAAUGUUAGAUACUCACUAAUGUUUUUUUAUGAUUAUAAUUUUGAAAAUUCUACCGUGAAUUUUAUGUGCCAAUAUUUAAAAUAUGUACAUAGUUAGAGCUGUUUUAAGUGGUGCUACUUUUGUUAUUUUGCCCUUUUUGGCAGCUGUACUUAAUUUUUUACUUUAACAUUAUUUCAAUAGUUUUAAUGUGAAAUAUUGAGAUAGUUUCUUAGUUUGGAAAACCUGAGCAAUAUAAUCCAAAAAAAAUUUAUAAAAAAAUGCGCAAACUAUUCUGCGAAUUUCUGAAAUAGAUCAGUUUUUAUAUAAAAUCAUUCAUGUCUUUCUUCAACAAAUAAUUAGUAAUAAAAAUGUCAAAUAAAAAGAGAGAAUAAACUUCAAUUUCUAGAAAAUAGGAUAUUGAAACUUCAGACGAAUGAUUUUAUUAAAAAAAUGUAUUCCAAGUUUGAUCUGUUCCAGGACGUUUUCUUUUGAAUAACCUCGAGGAAAAUGAAUUCAUUUACUAUUUUAAACCCUUAUUGCGUGGCAAUUUUUUGAAAUUGACAUUUAUUUAUAAUUAUUUAUAUUCAUUAUAACAUUAUUUAUUUGUGUAUUUUUUUUUAAAUUUGUAGACAAUUCAUCAUUAGAAGUUCUCGAAAUCUUUUAAAUAACUUGUAUUUAAAGCAAUUAAUUAACUCACCUUCCAAUAAAUACCUGCACGUCAUCACAAAAAAAAUCUAGAGAAAAAUUAUUGAUGGAUUCAAAUCUGGUGAUAAAAGAGGCGUGGGUUGAAGAGGCUGGAUAUUGUAGUUUAAAAUCAAUUUGUCAAUAAGCGUAUCAGCUUGAUAAAUUUUCAAUUUAACUAGCGCUCUGUAACGAGUCUUGAGCUCUAGCAAACAAUUUUACUUAUAAUUUCUUAAAAAAAAAUACAAUUACACUAUAAUAUGAUGAAUUCUCUACAAAAAUAUUAUAUUUUGAUCAAGUUAUUUAUAUUUUUCGUAAUACUAUUAGCCGAUAAUCGUUUUUUACCGAAAUAUACGCGAAAAAAUGUCUGGAAUCAUGUUGAAAAUAUGUACCGGGCAUAUUCAGCGGUAGACGAGAGUGAAACUAGUCUUUUGAGCGUUUUCACUAAAAAACUUUUAGGGUUCAGUGGAAGCGCGUUAAGUCACUAAAAGUUAAGUUUAUUAUUAAUUUAUUUUUUUUUUCAUCUAACCGAACAGAAAUAACUGAAACAAUAAUUUUAGAGUUUAGUUGUCGAAAGUCGUUCAAAUUUUUCAAUUAUUUCAAGGUUUUCAAUACAAAUGAUGAAGAUAUGAUUAUAAUAAGUUAACGAAGGUGUAUCUUGUUUAAUAAUUUAAUGUUUGAAGAUGAUUUCAUGCAAUUGUUGGCCGCGGCUCCGCUUUAGAUAGCUCAUGCGCAAGGUAAACUCUCUUCAACAUAUCGGCCAGUAUUUCUCGAAUAAAUGCUUUAAUAUUGGCUUCCAGUGCGUCACUCGUUUCCGGUUUAUCCCUGUAGACAUUAGCCCCAACAUGUCCCCACAAGAAACAGUCUAAUGGCGUUAAAUCACACGAUCUAGGCAGCCGAUUGACCGGCCCCAAACGUGAGAUGAACUGUUCACCGACGACGAAUGUUACGCGUGCCGUUUGGCAUGUGGCACCGUCUUGUUGAAACCACAUGUCAGGCAUGUCCAAUUCUUCCAUUUUGGGCAAAAAAAAUCGUCAAUCAUCACACGGUAGCGCUCGCUAUUCACAGUAACGCUCCGGCCAUCGUCGGUUUUGAAGAAGUACGGCCCGAUGAUGCCACCGUCCCAUAAUCCACACGAAACAGUGACUUUUUCGGAAUGUAGGUUUUUACGCAUCUAGCAAAGUUUGUGAACACUCUAGCCGCUUAAUUAUCUUUCAACUUUUCCAUGCGUCUACCUCUUCGUGCUGUGUUUGUUUUUCAUCAUUAUUGUAAACGAUCUAAUGUUUUGUUGUCAACAGAUCCACUCCAAUUUUUGCUGAUUUGAUUCUACUUGUUGUAUGUUCUACGUAAAUUGUAACUUUAAUGUUUCCGUACAGGUUUUCACACUUCAUAAUGCGAAUUUCAUCUCCCUACUUCACUAUUUGUAAUCCGGGCUGGUGGUCAAAAUUAUUUUCCGGCAAUUUAUGGUUUUUAUUGCCAUAAAGAAAUAGAAAAAAAUUUGAACGAUCUUUUAUUUGUAUCGGCUAAUGAUAUAAAAUGCCUAGUCAUUAUUUUUUAGUUGAAAUCACCAAGUGAUGAUUAUUUUAAUUUUGCUAAUUUAUUUCUAGUUUGAGGCCGAAUGUUGCAAUAUUAAUUUUAAGAAGUUUAUAUGUGUGAAAAAUGUAUUAUUAGAUUAGAUUUUUGGGCGUUAUCAUGUCUGAUUAUAUUUGUAUUCAUUCCUAUUUUUGAUCUUAUGGUGUUUCAUGUUGUAGAUUUAAUCUCAGA